UAGGGAUGCAGCAAGGGGACAGGGCCGGGAUCCAGAACUUUGCAGCAGGGAGAUAAAGUUUUCCAAAGGUGCCCGUGAGUGUACAGCACUUUCUGUGUUUGCCACAUUUCUCGAAUCCAGUGCUGCAAGAACAAGCCCCAGUGUGUAUCAGACGCUGACUGAAGUGGGUUAUGGGUCAGAGAGGCAUCUCAGGAUGAAGUGGGCUUCAACAGUGGCUGGGGGGAGAUAAGAUCUCAGAGUAGCAAGUGGUGUGCAGGGGCCUGGCAGUCUGUCCUCCCUUCCAGGCGGUUUAGUUUGCUCUGCUCACUCCUGCAUUCACCUGCCCACUCAUCCCUUGCUGAGACAACCUCUGGGCCCAGCAUCACAUGAUGCUUAAUAAUACAUAUGUGCAGGCUAACUGGCCAAGGGUGAUGUCCUCCACGGCAGCAUGUGGUACUUCCGCUCAACAUGACUGCCUGUCCUGUCCCCGCAGUGCUGUCUCUUGGCUUCUGUUUCACCCUAACCCCUCCGUUCUGUGCCCCCUCCCCCGUACUGGGGAUUGAACUCACUGAGUUCAAUCCCCAGCUCUGUGUCUCUUGCUUCUGAGCUUCCUUCUCUGGCUCCUUUCCCUCCUCACUGCCUCCAUUCCUUUAAAUGUGAGUGUUCUUGGAGCUUGAGUGGGCUCACUGGCCAGCAUUUGCUGACUCCCAGACUUAUGUCCAGCUAAGCCUUCUCUUCUGAUCUCUGGACUCUCUUGCUCAGCUGCUUUUUUGACAUCACCCCUACAAUUACUAUCUUCACCAUAGCAUGGUCAACAUCACAUUGAGAGUUGACUCCCUGCAAGAACUGGGCUGCAGAUCAUCUCGGUUAAUCCUCCAAAACUUCAUAGUUGCAGAGGAGGAAACUGAGUCUUAAAGAGGUGCAGCUGAGGUUUGAACUUCCAUUCCAUUGUGGUUUCCAUUCAUUCUUUCAAAAAAUAUUUACUAACAGUUGGUUCAAACAAGAGACAGGGAGUGCAGCCACAAAGAAGACCUAGCCCUGUGGGGUUUCCAAAGGAGGAGACUGAAGGGCGGUGUUUACAGCAUGCCAGGUGUCCUGCCCAGUGCAAUUGUGGAAAUGGGCUAGGAACACAUUUGAUUGCCACUUCCCCCAGAGCUGCUAUUGUGAUUGCAACUUAUAAUGGUGUGACAUUAUCACAUGUGUAAAUUGUGUAACCAUCAGAAGGAUACAGCAAUAUUUUAAUUACCACAAGAACUUUUUUUUUGGUACCGGGGAUCGAACUUGGGCCCUUGUGUUUGCGAGGCAGGUGGCAGAACCACUGAGCCAAAUCCCUGGCCCUCCACAAGAUCUUUUUUGCUACCCCUUUUUAGUAAGUCUAACCUCCCUCCUCCCAACCAUCCCUAACUAGUGGCAACUACUAAUCCAUUUUGUACUUCUAUCAUUUGAAUUUUGACAAGAUUCAAACAACCAAAUAAAUUGAAUGGUAUCAAUGCAAAUGGCAGGAGAGGAAAUGAGAUGGUGAUUGGAUUGCUCAAUGGUGAAAAGAAUGUGUCUGCAGCUGGGCUUGCUAGAAAAAUAGCCUACCAGGUGGUGGAGAAGAGCGCAGCUCUGGGCACCCAGCAGUUGCUGUUGGAGGAACGGCAAGGCAGGCUGGCGGCUCUGGAGGGUCGAGUGGCACAGCUGCAAGAGGCGCGGGCAAAGCAGGCCCAGCAGGUGGAAGAGCAGCGGGCGCAGAAUGUGACGAAGCGGGCAGCCUACGAGGUCCUGCGUGUGCGCACCGGGGAGCAGGAGGCGGAACUGCGCAGGCUCCAGGAGGAGGCCAGCCACCUGCUGCAGCGGCUAGUGCAACUCAAGGCGCGAGCUGCGGCCGAGCGCAACCUGCGUCUGGAGCGCCGGCAGCGCGCCAGUCAGGCUCAGGUGUCUCAGGAGCUGAAGAAGGCUGCCAAGCGGACUGUGAGCAUCAGCGAGAUCCCAGACUUCCUAGGCAAAGCGAUCAGGGAGGGCACAGAGACACUGGCCCUGGCUGCUGAGCCAGGCUCCCUGGAGAGUAAGGCUUGUGAGAGGUGGAAGAGGCCCUUCAGGUCUGCCUCGGCCACCUCUCUGACACUGUCCCGCUGUGUGGAUGUGGUGAAGGGACUGCUGGAUUUUAAGAAGAGGAGAGGUCACUCAAUUGGAGGUGUCCCUGAGCAUCGAUACCAAAGCAUCCCUGUGUGUGUGGCAGCCCAGCUUCCUUCCCAGGCUCUGGAUGUUCUAGAUGCCCAUCUUUCUGAGGUCAUUGCCGUUCGUUUUGGCCCUAACAGCAACCUCCUGGCCACUGGCGGGGCUGACCGCCUCAUCCACCUCUGGAAUGUUGUGGGAGGACGCCUGGAGGCCAACCAGACCCUCGAGGGAGCUGGUGGCAGCAUCACCAGUGUGGACAUGGACCCCUCGGGCUCCCAGGUUUUAGCAGCUACUUACAACCAGGCUGCCCAGCUCUGGAAGGUGGGAGAGGCACAUUCCAAGGAGACACUGUCUGGACACAAGGACAAGGUGACAGCUGCCAAAUUCAAGCUAACAAUGCACCAGGCAGUGACUGGGAGUCGAGACCGCACAGUGAAGGAGUGGGACCUUGGACGCGCCUACUGUGAGGCCCAGCCCCACCUCCCCUGCCCACCAGCCAGCAGCCCCCGGAUGCAAGGGACCUCACCCUGUUCUCUGGGAUUCAUAGGCAUUUGGAGUGAAGCCUUCCUUAGGCUCUUUCUCCCCCUGCUGCUCUCUGCCUUGGGCUUUGGGCUGAUGAAGAAGAGGUGGAGUGAGACCUGGGGGAAAGUCUUGGGAGGACACUGCCCCUUCUGGGUCUUCAUGUCCUCACCACAUGGGCUUGACAACCUUGAGCGUCUGUACUCUGCCCUUUGGCCCCCAGGUUCCAGGACCAUCAAUGCCCUUUCCUACUGUAAUGACGUGGUAUGUGGGGACCACAUCAUCAUUAGUGGCCACAAUGACCAGAAGAUCCGGUUCUGGGACAGCAGGGGACCCUGCUGCACCCAGGUUAUCCCUGUGCAGGGCAGGGUCACCUCCCUGAGCCUCAGCAAUGACCAGCUGCAUCUGCUCAGCUGUUCCCGUGACGACACACUCAAGGUCAUUGAUCUGCGCGUCAGCAAUGUCCGCCAGGUGUUCAGGGCCGAUGGCUUCAAGUGUGGUUCUGACUGGACCAAAGCUGUGUUCAGGCUCCUGGGAUGGAGCCCUGUACAUCUGGGACGUAGAUACCGGGAGACUGGAAAGCACCCUUCAGGGGCCCCACUGUGCUGCUGUCAACGCCGUGGCCUGGUCCUGCUCCGGGAGCCACGUGGUGAGCGUGGACCAGGGCAGGAAGGUGGUACUCUGGCACUAGAGUGUGCCACGACUCCCCUGCCUGGGCUGCAGUGCUGGUCUGAAACCGAAGUCAAACAGCUUCCCUCUGCUCCACUGGGCUCCAGAGCCUUGUGGGUGGGUGGCCGCCAGACAUAUGGGCAAGAAGGCCUGGCAGGACCUGGCCUGUUUCAAAGUAGGGGUUUGGGAAAUUAGUUAAAAAAAAUCUUUGUCUCCCCCCUCUCCCAAAAGUGGAAAGAACUGUAUCUAAACUGUGUCUGUUUGCUUCUUUGCAGCAUUCUGGGUACAAGGAGACCUUUGGGCUUGGGAUUGGGGUCCUCUUCCUCCUGCCUGGGGAGAUGGGCACUAUUCCUAUCUAACCAUGAGAAUAGCAUGAAGAGGGGCCCAGAGGCAGCAAAAAGCAGCAGCUCUUGGGGAUGGGGAUGUGACCCUUGGUCCAAUCUGGUCACAAGGCCAAAGCAACACCAUGGGCCUCCUGCUCAG